AUGGGGGACCCGGAGUCAGAGCCUGAGCAGAUCCGUUUGAAGUGUAUCCGUAAGGACGGCUACUUCACGGUGCCUCCAGAACACAGGUUGGGACGGUGCCGGAGUGUGAAGGAGUUUGAGAAGCUGAACCGCAUCGGGGAAGGCACCUAUGGCAUUGUCUAUAGGGCCCGGGACACCCAGACGGAUGAGAUUGUUGCCCUGAAGAAAGUGCGGAUGGACAAAGAGAAGGACGGGGUCCCCAUCAGCAGCCUUCGGGAGAUCACACUGCUUCUUCGCCUUCGCCAUCCGAAUAUCGUGGAGCUGAAGGAGGUGGUUGUUGGGAACCACCUGGAGAGCAUCUUUCUGGUGAUGGGUUAUUGUGAGCAAGACCUGGCCAGCCUUCUGGAGAACAUGCCGACACCGUUCUCGGAGGCCCAGGUCAAGUGCAUUGUCCUUCAAGUGCUCCGAGGACUUCAGUACCUGCACCAGAACUUCAUCAUCCACAGGUAG